AUGUUUGUAUAUCUCGUCUCGCUGUUAGCAUUCAGGUUCCAGCUAAAAAGAAUUGACCGCGACACUUACAUUGGCCAAAGUAACGGAAACAUCACGUUUGUGGACCCAGACGAGGCAGAUAUUUUCGAGCUUGAGAACACCGAUCACCCAAAUGAAGAUUUUGUAAUGGUGCGCUCCAAGGAUAACAAAGUAUGGGAUAUAUCUGGCAAUGCCACCAAACUCAUUUAUUGGUCAGACAGACAUGGGAAAGUCAACCAGCGGUUUACGCUUCUAGAGCGACCACAGGGCCAUGUAAAGGUAGUGAGUGAUAUGAAGCUCUGCAUAACAUUCGACCAGUCAGCCAAUAAUUUCGUCAGAGCGCCCUGCGAUGACAAUAACCCACACCAACUUUUUGAUUUUGUGGGCGUUGAAAGUGAGAGCCAACCGGAAGGCGUGGUUGUGGAAGAAUCGAAACUGAAUGCGCUGAAAAUGGCAGCAUCGAAUUGUCCAGAAAUAAGAGAUAUGCUGGGUAUGGAAUUUAUAAUGGGAGUGUGAGAGUCAUAGGGAAGUAUGGCAUUGGAAGAUGAAGAGAUGGUGCUGUCAAACAG